AUCUCCCUUUUGCAAACGAAUAAAAUGAACAGCUGAGCAUUUACUGUUUUGAAAAGAUGACAGCAUGGAUAUUUAGAAGCUGCAACUCAGUUCUCCAAAAGCACUUCACAUUCUGUGCACAAAAAUAUAUUUUUCGGUCGUUCAAGAUUGGAGAAAAGUUACCAAUAGUUUCUGUGUAUGAAGAUACCCCAGACAAAAAAGUGAAUCUCCAAGAAUUGUUUAAAAAUAAAAGAGGUGUAUUGUUUUCGGUAGUUGGAGCAUUUACACCUGGAUGUACAAAGUCACAUCUUCCAGAAUAUCUUGAAAACUUUGACAGAUUUAAGGAGGAAGGCUAUGAUUUGAUAUGCUGUAUUUCUGUUAAUGACCCCUUUGUAAUGUCAGCUUGGGGAAAACAGGUCAGCGCUGAGGGAAAGAUUACGAUGUUGGCAGAUCCUAAAGCAGAGUUUACUAAAGCUAUGAAUAUGGAUUUGGAUUGUACUAAACUACUAGGGAAUGUUAGAUCUAAAAGGUACUGUCUGGUAAUUGAAGAUGGAAUUAUCAAAAGUAUAAUGACAGAACCUAACCAUACAGGACUGGCUUGUUUAUUGUGCAUAAAAAACUUUAGUAAAGGAACCAGGAUAAAUACAGAACAUAGUGCUAGUAGAUAACAUUAAUAUAUUUCCAAAGAAAUGGGAAAACAAUGCAGGGAUUUACUAUGCAGGAAUAUUAGGUGCUACAUAGUAUUGAAUAUAAGACAGUAUUUUUUGGGUUAAUAUGCAAUUACAUUGCAGAUUAACAACAUUUUAAGAUAAAUGGAUAAUCUCCUACACACUGUCAUUACAUAAUAGUCAAUAUGUUUAUACAAAUAGCAAAAUUUUACCAUCCUUCUUUUUAUUGACCCCUAGGUUGCCCCUUUUAAAAAUCCUGGAUCCCGUUCUGAAUAGUUUUUUCCUUAGCUAGUCUUACACUAUUAUAUACCAUAGAGUUAUUGCACAAUGUAGGUGAACAUUGCAAGUAGAAAAAUUACAUUGCACCAAAUUUUUAGUGAUUUGCCAUAUACAUGUAUGUUCUUCACAUUGCUGUCUGUACAUAUAAAAAAGAAAUGUUGCAUUUUGCUCGGCAGCUACAAAACAUGAAUUCCGUAUAUUUUUUACCAAAUUUAAUAUUGCUAAGCUUAAUCAUGUGCUUAUCUACUUUCUGUUGUCUGCUUCCACAUUAUUUGGAAUAUGUAUUCCUUUUCGUCUGGAAAGCAAAAGUUGGAUUAUAAAUAGUGGGGAGUGUUGUAUGGUUAACAAUAAUGUCAAGAUUUUGAAGCAAUAUUGCUUACAAUGUCUUUUUACAUUGAAUCAAUAAAUGUUAUAUUAACAGAAUAAUUAUGAUUUGUUAUCAGUUUAAAUUAAUUUUUGAUAAAAAUUUUGUCAGCAAUUUUCUUGAAUGUAUAUCAUGUAUAUAGGGAAAGGUAUCAUAUGAAUGAAUUUUUUAAUUAAAUUUUAGGAAUAAUUUGUGUAUUAUACAGGUAAAAACUAUACAAUCUGUUAAUGUUUAUUCUAAUUGAUCAAAAUUAUAAUGUGUCACUUUUUGAUACUAGAAUUCAUAGUAGAAGUUUCCUUAGGACAUUUGAAUAUUUAUAAUCCAAUAAUUAUUUUUACCCUUGUAUCAAAGCUUUUUUAGAGAAGAGAUUUUUGAAUGAUUUCAAACAUCUCUUGGUUUAUCAAUAUACAAUCUGGGAGAAUAUGGUGUUGUGUUAUUGGUUUAAAAAGUCAAGUGAGAGGUUAAUUGUGUUUUAAGACAAUGGUAAACAAAUGACAUUUGUAUUGAUAAAAAAGUGUAAUAAAAUGAUGCAAACAAAUUACAAGAAAAUCAUUAAAGAUAUUGUUUUAUUAAUAUUACUAAUGCUUAUCCUGCUUAGGCUGUCCCAACUUUUGGUGUUCAGCAUUUCUGAUGCUAAUCAUGAAAAAAACUUCAAACAAGGAAUUAUUUGAAUCUUGAAUAAUUUUGAAUUCUUGAAAAUUGAUAAUAAAUGUCAGUUAAAACUUAUCCCAACUUGAGAGCAGGCAUGGCUAAGGUUCAAAUUACUUUCACUGAUAUUUCAGUAUAAACUAACAAAAAUGCCUUAGCCAUACUAACCCUCCUUAAUUGGGUUAGUUUUCAUCAUACAUUUCUUAUCAAUUUUCCAUAAUUCAAAAUUAUUCCAGAUUCAAUUAAUUCCUUGUUAUCAGAAGAUGUAUAAACUGAACAUUUUUUAAAGUUUUUUAUGGCAUCAUCCAGUGGUGGAUCAAGUGGGAAGUGGGGGGACUUGUGGGUUUUAACCCCCUUUUUUUGACGAUCAAUGCUUUUGAAUGGGGACAUAUGGUUGGAGCCCCCCCUUUUAAAAAUGGCUGGAUCCGCCCCUGAUCAUCUCUCAAAAUCUGUAACACAGCAUCUUGAUUAUAAUUAUCAUUUACUUGAAAUAAACACUUAUUACUUAA